UAUACAAACACUGCUAAGUAAAAUCUAAAAGUAGACUACUAGAUCUAGAUCUACAACAAUACUCAGAAUACUCUCAAUAAUUUAGAUCUAUCUAGAUCUAAAUCUAAUUAGAUAUCUACUCUAUGUCUGUCAUUUGAAUCAUACAAAAAACAAAUAUAUCUAGACGUUCUACAACUCGAGUCUACAAUUAGAUCUAGAUGAGAAAUGGCUAGUCACGCUGGUUGUUCAGAACAAAGGCAAAGGCGAAACUAUGAACAUAAUCUAAAAAUAUUAGAGCAGCUCACACCAGGAGACAGAGUACAGUUCAAAAGAGGAGUUUACUCUCAUUGGGGUGUUUAUAUAGGUGAUAGGAAAAUAGUUCAUCUGGCAGGAGAAGACAAUGACGGCAUCAAUGGCAAUAUCCAAGCCAAACAUGUGUUCACUAUUUCAGGCAAAACGUUUAACAAGGCUCGAGUUGUAGUCGAUGAUUUCUGGGAUGUUGUGGGAGAGGACAAGGCAUUUAUAAACAACGACAGGGACAAGAAGUGGAGUGCCUUACAGCCAGAUAUCAUUGUCAAAAAUGCCCUCGAGAAAAUUGGCCAGGAAGGUUACAAUCUGAUUUGUUCCAACUGUGAACAUUUUGCGAAUUUUUGCCGUUAUGGAUUGAGUAAAAGUGAUCAGGUAGACAACUUUUUGACUGGUGCAGCAGCUUCCUUAGCGACAGGAUUGGCCUUGGCCUUUGUGUAUGCCCUUGCCAGAAGUUUUAAAGAUAAAAACAGAGAUAAGAAUGUUCAAAGAUUAUAAAGUUAUGUAGGAAUCAAAAGAUAUUAAUUAAGAAAAGAGAGAAAUUAAUUUCUAAAACCUGAAAAGGGAAUGCUUAGAUAACUUCCCCCAGUAGCUGAUACAUAUUUUAAAAUUUUGAAAAAAUAAAUAAGUAAAGCAAUAAAUAUUUGAAAAUAAUGGACAACUGAUAUACUCGAAUGAUGUUUUCUAAAAUAAUUUAAAAAUGACAACUUAAUUAUCUAUAACUAUCUGUAUUUUUUAGGCUUCUUCUUUUGUAUUGGAUGUUAUUGGGGUUCUUAUUUGUAUUAUUUGCAUUUUUUUUUCUCCUUGAAAUUUUUUAUUGGUGGUGAUGGAGAUUAUGGGAUUUAAUAUUUUUUUAUUAUUUUGGUGAAAUAUCUAGAAGAAAGAGGAAGUAAUCUCACACUUUUGCUCUAGCCAACCCUGAUUCACUGUAAACCUUUCAUAUCAGCGGACACAACUAAAAUUAACUUUUUUUCUAAUUUAUUUAUAAUGAUAUUUGAUAAAAUUGACAAUGCAAUAUUCUUGAUAAUUACCGGUAUUAAUAUUUAUUUAAAAUCUUUUGUACAUUUUUUUUUAUCUUGGGUGCUUUCUUUACAAUCAUACAAGUGAUAUAAACUAUAUACACUGUAAAGAAUAAGAACAACAAUGUUCGUAUUGAGAACAAAAUCUAGACAAGUACUACACUUAAAUAAUGUUUAGAUUUGUAAAAAAUAUUUUAAUUUCAAGUGCUUCAAUUACAUUUUCGCAGUUGUUUUUUAAAAUACUUAUACAAUUCCAAUACGAUAAUUCCAAACCAUUUUUUUUUUUACUCAUUUAUGGGCUAUUGAAACCUUAUGACACUGCAGCUAAAUGUACCAUGGUAUAUAAAUAUAUAUAUAUAUUCUUUUUUUAAUGUAAAAGAAAAAUGUGAAAAGCUGUAGCUGCAUUUGAAGUACAUAAUUCAAAUUAUUUUUGAGAAAUUUUUCUUUUUUGUUUAGCCAAUAACAACUGAAUUGCUUGGAGCUAUGUACUAGUCUUAUUAUUUAGACCUUUCUACAUAAAAAAAAAAUAAGUAGAAUAUUGAUUACAUUUAUUAAGAAAAAUGAUUGUAUUUUAUUGUCAGUUAAGACAAUGUCUUGAAUUAAAAAAAAACCCAGUUAUUUUUCAGACUUCCCUGUGAUGCCAUGUUUUCUGACUUUCUUAGGCUUGUCCAUUAGAAUAGACUGUUUUCCUCAGAACUUUUCCCGUACUUUCUAAAGCCUCAAAUUACAGAAUUCUUUAAAAACUCUCACUUUAUCUCAAAAAUACAUUUCUUUUCAGUAGCUGAUGGUUUUACAGAAAUUUAUUUGAACCAUUACAUGCUAGUUGUUAAUGAUAGUACCCCUUUCAGAUUUUGUGAUCUACAGAGCAGAUGAUGUGAAGGUCAUCUGUUUCUAAGGCCAACAGUUAAUGGGGGGUAUCAUGUGGCCAGCACAACCGGCUUUUACUUUCCCCAAUGUCAGGAACCAGUACCCAUUGGACUUGGGUGGACUCAGGUGCAUCCUAAAAAUCCCGAAAUUCAAAAUCACUGUCUUCAUCGAGAUUUAAACCCAAAAACCCUCAGUUUAGAAACUAAGCACUUUACCACUCAGCCACCAUGCCCACAUUUAUCCAUUAGCUCUUUUUAAACCCUACGCAAAGAAAUAAUUGUCAAAAAAAAAAAUUUAGAUUAGAUCUAAUGCUAAAUAAAUUAACAGUCUAGUUUCAAAAUAUAUACUUUUAAUAUCUGUAAAAUUGAAAAAAGAUUGAAAAAUACUCCUUUUCCAGGGUAGGGGCUUAUACACUGGGGCAUGGACACCUAUUUUUAAAAAAAUUAUCAGAUAGAAAACUGAAAAAAUUAUACACUAGUUUUUACCAAACAAAUAGUCACCAUGCUCUUGUUCUCUUUCUGAAUAAGACAGUAUUAGCUCUUCUAAUAGGAAAGUAUUUAAAAAAAUGCUUCUAGCGUCCCAACGCAAAUUACACAUUCUAACGCAUUAAAUCUAUAUCAUAAACAAAAUAUCAUACAAUGGUAGGAGCUAGUAGGUUUUAAUUAUAGUGAUGAUACCUUCAUUUUCAUCUAAAGACUUAACCAAAACUUUCAACUCCGUCACUCAUUUUUUUCCCCCAGUGCAGAUGGGGCCAUCAUCACUAAACAUAUUUUUAAUUGUGAUAUGUAUAUUAACCAAUUUCUUUCUAGCUUUAUGGUAUUAAAAUAUUUUCAAAGCUUUAUUAAUACCGGUAUAUACAAUCUACAUAUCAAACCAUUGUUUUCUUUCUUUAGUGUUGUUAUAGUAUUCAUCUAUGAAAAUUAAAAGUCUUAGAUAUUAUGUCACAAAAAUAUCAAAUAAUUUUUUUCGUUUGUAUACUUUAUGCAUAAACAAAUAUUAUUUUUCAAGGAAAUUUUAUUCUAAUAAAAAUUGUUUACUAAAGCAUAAUUAGAUCUAAUAUUAUUUCUUAUUUCAAUGCCUUCCCUAUCCCUUAGUAUGUUCUACUGUUGGGGCACCACACAUAAUGUUCCACCACUUUUAAAUCAAACAUUUAAAAAUCAUAUGAAGUUGAAAUAAAUUCUUGAGAUCUAAAGAUACACAGAUUUGUUAAAAGGAAUUCAGAAUAUCUUUCUCUUUGUUGUUGAUUCAAUAUCAACAUAUGAAUGCAUAAGAAAUAAUGUCAAUCUAUGCCCUAUACUGUUUAUAAAUUUGAUUUUAUACAUUUUCAUAAAGAUUUUAUAUCUCCACACAGUUUUUUUUUUGUUUUUGUAAAUAAGUUUUUUUCUUGGAUUUUUUUUUUUCAUUAUUAUUUCAUUCUAAAAUACUUUAACAAUCGUUGAUAUUAAACACUUAAGUUUAUAUUCAUACCUACUAUGACGCAACAUUUAAAAAAAAUUAUUAUGAUUAUUAUUAUUAUUAAACUAAAAUUAAACACCUGUAGUAUUG